AUGCGUGACACUAACGGGGGUGCGGAGAGGGAGCAGCGGGAAGCGGUUGCAGAGAGGGCGCGUGAUCCGGAGAAGAGACCCCCAGCGGAGGCUGUGGCAGGAAGAUUCCAACCGGCAGGCCCCCGUGCUACAGCCGGUGCUACAACAGGCGGUUUGAGUGUGGAGGAGUUCAGGGCUUUGGAAUGCCCCUCAACUAAAAGUGCUAGCAACAGCAGCAGUUUACGCUCGCAGGUCGCAGCAGCCGCAGCAGCUCUCCCUCUCUUGUCUUCCCCCAACUAUCUUGACCCUGCUGUGUCUAUCUGGACCAUGCAGCAGCAGCAGUAUACACUCGCUCGCAGGUCGCAGCAGCCACCAGAGCCCUCACUCUCUCUGGCCUUUUCCUCGCUCCAUCUUCCUACCACCAUAUUGCAGGCUGCGUCUACCUCGACCAUGCAGCAGCAGCAGUAUACAGGCGCUCGCAGGCUGCGUGCACCAGAGCACUCACUAACUUGUCUUUCUCCCAUGUAUCUCGCCGUGCACCACAUCCCAGGCUGCGUGUACCUCGAUCAUGCAGCAGCAGCGGUGUACACACGCUCGCAGAUUGCAGGCAGCCACCAGAGCCCUCACUCUCUUUGGCCCCUUUUCCUCGCUCCACCUUCUCACCACCAUAUUGCAGGCUGGGUGUAUCGCGACCAUGCAGCAGCAGUGGUGUACACACGCUGGCAGGUUGCAGCAGCUACCAGAGCCUUCAAUCUCUCCAUCAUCCUUUCUUCCCCCCUCUCCUCAUGCACCACAUCAGGCUGCGUGUAUCUUGACCAUGCAGCAGCAGCAGUGUACACUCGCUCGCAGGUCACAACAAUCACGAGAACCCUCACCAAACUCGCCAGUAGCAGCAGUGCGGCCACGUCUGACGUGAUCGAAUCACUUCGCAUGCAGGUGCUAGCCAUGUGCAAUGCACCUCCCUCCCAGUAUGCUUGCGUCUUUACCAGUGGUGCCACGUCAGCACUCAAAACGGUCGGCGAGGCAUUCAGAUGGACGGCGGACAGCGAGCUGGCAAUGACGCUGGACAACCACAACUCGGUGCUGGGGAUCAGAGAGUAUGCUCUUAGAGCUGGUGCUACAGUGUCUGUUGUUGAUAUUCGCUAUGAGGAUGACUAUAUGGGGGAUGAGGAGGAAGAGGAGGAGGAACAAGGGGGCGAUGAGGAUGAGAGUGAGAGUGGGAGUGAGGCUGGGAGUGAAUAUGAGAGUGGAAAUGAGAGUGAGAGUGAGAAUGGGAGUGAGAAUGGGAGUGAGAAUGGAAAUGACAAACAGGAGAGGAGAGUGGAGAAGGUGGGAGUGGAUGAAGUGAGGAUAAUGAAGGAGGAAUUUAAGGAAGAAGAGGGAGGAGAGGAUGAAGAACAGGAGGAGGAAGAAAGAGCAGAGGAGGAUGAAGAAGAAGAAGCAGAGGAGGAAGAAGAAGCAGAGGAGGAGGUGGAAGAGGAGGAAGAGGAGGAAGAGGAUGAAGAUGAGGAGGAAGAGGAUGAAGAGGAUAGGAGGGCGGGUGUGAGCAGGAGUAAGCGCAAGGGAGCAACAGAGGAGGAAGAGGAAGAGGAGGACGAAGAAGCGGAGGAGGAUGAGGAGGACGAAGAAGAGGAAGAGGAGGGAACGGUGGGAGUGUUGGUGAGAAGGAGGAAGGUUCGAUUGGCGUUAGCUGGCAGCAGCAGGAGCAAGCGCAGUGAUGUGGUGGGAAAGGAAGCUGAAGCAGUCUCUGCCGGUGGUUGUACUGGUGAACCUGUAGGGGCAGCAGCAAGUGUGAGGACAGGUGAACCUGUAGGGGCAGCAGCGAGUGUGAGGACAGGUGAACCUGUAGGGGCAGCAGCGAGUGUGAGGACAGGUGAACCUGUAGGGGCAGCAGCGAGUGUGAGGACAGGUGAACCUGUAGGGGCAGCAGCGAGUGUGAGGACAGGUGAACCUGUAGGGGCAGCAGCGAGUGUGAGGACAGGUGAACCUGUAGGGGCAGCAGCGAGUGUGAGGACAGGUGAACCUGUAGGGGCAGCAGCGAGUGUGAGGACAGGUGAACCUGUAGGGGCAGCAGCGAGUGUGAGGACAGGUGAACCUGUAGGGGCAGCAGCGAGUAUGAGGACAGGUGAACCUGUAGGGGCAGCAGCGAGUGUGAGGACAGGUGAACCUGUGGGGACAGCAGCAGAUGUGAAUGCGAAUGCAGGGACAAGUGAACCUGUGGGGGGAGCAGCAGCGAGUGUGAGUGUGAGGACUCCUGAACCUGUGGGGGCAGCAGCACUUGCUGAAACCAACCCUUCUGAUUCCACUGUUCUUGCCGAACCAGUGCUGACCGAACCACAGAAUGGCAGGGCUGUUUCCGAGCCUGGACAGGAGGUUCGGCCAGGUGUGGCUGCUCCAGCUGUGGCUGGGGAUGGUGGGGCCGGAGCUAGUGGGAGUGGGGCGGGUGAGACUGGGGCAGGUGGGACUGGGGCAGGUGGGACUGGGGCAGGUGGGACUGGGGCAGGUGGGACUGGCUUAGGAGGAAGAAGUGAGGAGAAGGGCCAUGAGGGAAAAAGGGGUGGAGAGGCAGGAUCAGGGUCAAGGGAUGUGAGAACAGAGCAUGAGAGGCCUUCUGAGUCGUCUCAACUGUCAAGGGAUACAAGGGCAGGGGGCAUGAAACAGCAUCGAGCGGCGGAUCGGAAGGGUAGAAGGGUGGAUGGAAUGGUGGAUGGUUGUCCUAAGGGCACAGUCCUUCGAGGGGUGGUAGAGGGGGUGUCCCUUCGCCUGCUGAACCGAUUCUCUCGGGCAGCAAGGGAAGGGAAGGCAAGGGAACACGAGGCACCAAAAGCGCCAACAGCACGACGGGAAGAAGCUGUUUCAAAGCCGCCUGAAGAGGUGUUUUCAGGGGCAGGGAAGGAGGAGGAGCGGCAGCAGCGGCGGCGAAGGCAGAAGCAGGAGGGGCAGGAGGAGUUGCCGUUUGUCCCAUGCCUGUUUGCAAUGCCUGCAGAAAGUAAUCUUAGCGGCGAGAAGCUUGAUCUGAGGGUGGUGCGGGCGGUGAAGGAGGAGAGGUGUUUGGAUGGGUGGGAGGGGUGGAGCCGGGAGGACAGAGGAGUGGAGAGCGGUGAUGGUAGGAGACGAGGCAGGGGGAGAGGGAAAAGGAGAAGUGAGAAGGGAAUUGAGGAGGAAAGAGAGCAAGGGAGAGAGAAGGGAGGGGAUGGCACAACAACUGCUGGUGCCUCUCAAACUCAACAACAACAACAACAACAACAGCAGCAGCAGCAGUUGCCUGCAAGCAAGAGAGUAUGGGGCGGCCUCUGGGGUUGGCUGGGAGGAAGUCGUGGGACAUCCGGUGCAGCAGAUGAGGAUCAAGGGCAGGUCGAUAGCAAUGGUGCGGCGACUGGUGGUGGAGCUGACAGGGGUGCUGGUGGUGGGAAGGCCCAGGGUGAGAUAUCCUUAUCCCGCUUUCGACCCCUCUCCUUCUCCACCGCUUCUGCCCGGCGCUGGUUCGUGCUUCUCAAUGCCGCCAAAGCUGCUGCUGAUGAGAGUAGUAGGAGUCCUAGUGGCAGUGGUGGUGGUGGUGUAUCCAGUAGUGAAGGCGCUUCUUCUCCCGCUCUUCCUCGGCGCUGGUUGGUGCUUCUUGAUGCUGCCAAAGCUGCUCCCUCGGACCCUCCGGACCUAUGCCACUGCCCCGCUGACUUCGUUGCACUCUCCUUCUACAAGGUGGGUUGCCCCCUCCUCCCCAUGCCCCCUCCUCCCCAUGCCCCCUCCUCCCCAUGCCCCCUCCUCCCCAUGCCCCCUCCUCCCCAUGCCCCCUCCUCCCCAUGCCCCCUCCUCCCCAUGCCCCCUCCUCCCCAUGCCCCCUCCUCCCCAUGCCCCCUCCUCCCCAUGCCCCCUCCUCCCCAUGCCCCCUCCUCCCCAUGCCCCCUCCUCCCCAUGCCCCCUCCUCCCCAUGCCCCCUCCUCCCCAUGCCCCCUCCUCCCCAUGCCCCCUCCUCCCCAUGCCCCCUCCUCUGAAUCCUCUCCAUGCCUCCCGCCCUCCGGACCUCUCCCACUGCCCCCUGCGGGCUUCGUUGCACUCUCCUUCUACAUGGUGGGUGGGCUGUCUCUACCCCUCUUCAUUUCUCUCCACCCCUCUCCACCUUUCCACACCACCCACUGCCCUGCUAACUUUGUCACACUCUCCUUCUACAAGAUGCUGCCUUCAUCCUCCACAAGCCCUACUUCAGUGGAGGUACGGCGAGUAGCAUGCGCUCGGUGGCAUGUGAAUGACACGGUGACAGUGGUAGCAGAGGUGACAGGGCUAGUAGCAAGUAGCAUGAUGACUCUGCAUGGCAACUUGUGCCCCUCUCAUUCAGAUGCUGCCUUCAUCCUCCACAAGCCCUACUUCAGUGGAGGCACCGUGGCAGCAGUGUUUGCAGACUCCGACUUUGUCUCUCUGCGCCCAUCGCUAGAAGCACAGUGGGAGCACGGCACUCUCCCCUUCCUCCAGCUCGCAGCAGAGCUCCCUCCAGGCUUAGCCCUGGUCACCCGCCUCUCCUUCUCUGCCAUACAACGCCACGUCUCGUUUCUUGCACUCUUCACCGCCUCUCGCCUCCUCUCCCUCCGGCACUGCAACGGCCAGCCCGUUUGCGUCGUGUAUGGAAAGCACAGGGCCUUGUUGCUGCAUCUUGAUAAGAGCAGAGUCGUGGAUCGGGAGAGGCGAGAGACUUCUGAUUCGAUUGAGAAGAAUGGAGUGGUGGAUUUGCAGGGAGGAGAGGAGGAACGAGAGGCAGUGUUGAAGCAGCAGGGGGGGGUGGUGGCGUUUAACCUGAAGCGCAGUGAUGGGUCGUGGGUGGGGCACAAGGAGGUGGAGAAGCUGGCAGCCAUCCACAGCAUUCAUCUCCGGAAUUACGAGGCAGGGCACGUGUGUUGGGACGACAACGACGUGAUUGCCGGGCGGCCGACUGACGCCGUGAUUUUUCCGAUCAGUCCCUUUCUCCCCUCUCCCACAUGCGACAGACCGGUUGUUUCUGCAACACAGGAGACUGUGCCAAGCACCUGCGCCUCUCCCACUCCCACCUCCGCCAAAAUUACGGAGGCGAGGCAUGUGUGUUGGGAUGACAACGACGUGAUUGGCUACUGCAAUCCCAUCACCAUUCUUCCUCUUUUUCUUGUUCCCCCAUGCAACAGACUGGCGGGGCACGUGUGCUGGGAUGACAAUGACGUGAUUGCCGGGCGGCCGACUGGCGCCGUGCGGAUCUUCUUUGGACACCUGUCAACCAUUGAUGACGUGAAGGCGUUCCUCUCCUUCAUCCAAACGUGCUUUGUGGAGCUGCCACUCGGAGCAUGGCCUCUUGGACCCAUGGGUCUGCUGCAUGACCGGGAAUGGCUUAUCAUCAACCCUAUAGGCACUCCACAAAGGCCCAACAGGGUCCCCUCACUCUACACCCUCCGCCCAUCCAUCAACCUCGCUUCACGCCUCCUCUCCAUCCACCUUACUCCCCAAGGCUCUCCUCCUGCCCAGUCUCCCCUCCAAUUACCUCUUGACACGCUGGAUGGGGUGCGUAUGUGCGGUGACAAGUGUGGGGCUGGGUGUGGUAAUCUCUGUUUCCGUGGCAUCACCGUCCACGUGGCAGUGUACCCUGCUGACGUGGCAGCCUGGCUCUCCGCCGCUCUCGGCACGCCAUGUCAGCUUGUGAGGCUCCUACCGCACGCCCGCCAGCAGAAGAAGCUGCCUAGAAGCAUCCUCAGCAGUCAGGACAACACCAGAACCAAUCAGAUCAGUGAAAAUCAAUCCAGCCGUAACGAAUCUUCCCAAUCCGCAUCCUCCUCCCACUCCUAUUCCUCCUCUCCCUCCUCUUCCCCCUCUCCCUCCUCUUCCCCCUCUCUCUCGCUAGCCAAUGAGGCUCAGCUGCUAGUGCUCUCAUCUGCUAGUCUGGCUGAUCUUUGGAGGAGAGUGGCACAUGGGACAGAGGGGGAGCUGAUGGCAGGAGAUGGACGGAAAACAGAUGGGAGAACAACAGGAGUGGAUAAACCUUUGCAAAAUAAGCAAAAAAUAUCCGUCCGCAUGGACACCCAGUAUGACAACAUGACCCUCAAGGAGGCGUUGAAGAAGGAGGUCGAGUGCUCGGCGCUCGAGAAGCUAGGCCUUCAGGAGACGAUCAAGAUGCAAAACGACACCAUCGCGUCGCUCACCGCCGAGCUUGCUCGAGUCACCGAGGCACUCCGUGUGUCAGAAGCCCGGAGGAUGCCGUCGGCGACCGAGGACCCUGGCAUGGGCGUCAAGGGGCUUGCCCCCAAGGUGGUCUUAAAGCUACGCCUCGCCUGUGCGCUGGUGGCGCUCGAGCUGAAGCCGAGGACGUGGGUCGACCGCCUAUUUCCAGACACCUGGGAGGUGCAGAUGCCGAAGACCGUGGCCGACUUGGCCAAGAAGAGCGCACCUGCGCAGCGUCCUCCGACAAAGCGCAAGAAGUCGGCAUGA